UUAGCUACGUUUAAUCCCCAUCUUUUCAUCAGCUAAAAACAUGACACCUUCAAUUCAUGAAAAAAAAGCAUCGGGCGAAAGAAAUCGAGGAUAUAAUAAUCUAAUUUUUUUAAACCCCAGACAUCAUAAUUGCCGACCUCUUCGGUCGCCUAUGCUCUAGCGAGAGCGUGAAAUUUCGGCACGACGAACUCAUGAAGCCAGAAUAUGCAAAAUUAGCCUCUAUCUUGGGGCUGCUACCCGCUUGGGACAGCCAAGCUAGCACCACCACCACCUCGAGCAGCGUUGCUGAGCCGUCCUUGCCGAGGAUUAACCAUCACGAACAACAACAGCAAGAAAACGAGCAACAGGGGCAUGAGAAAAUCCAAAAAGAACAAGACGCCAUUGGCUCCCUGGCACCAAGCCGGCAGCAACAUUCUGUACCACUGUUGGGUACACCGCCGACCCAGCCAGGCAAGCAACAAUUAUCCCAGCAAGAUGGCCGCCGCCGCCGUCGCCGCCGCAGCAGCAACGCUUCGGAAGUAUCUUCCGUCGAGUCCCAGCCAACCAACCCUCCUCGAAAACGCCGCCCAGCCCAAGAACCUAACCCACAAGAACAUGACUCGUCGAGUCCCGAAGAGGCCGACCUCGCUUAUUGUAUACCACAAUCUUCUUCCCAGGCUUCGUCUUUGUCUCCCUACGCCCUCGAGGCCCGCGUCAAUGCUUUCCGAGCAAUUCUUGGAAACGCCAAAAAUAAUACUGGCACCCAAAUUGGGCUGCUAUGCACUUCCGACAACCAUUUUGUACCCGACAUAGUGCUUGGGGAGUGAAUUAUGCAAAGGAGAAUCCAAACAAGCGCGUGGCGCGCUAUCCAGUAAGAGCAGAGUGGGUGGUGGAUUAGGAAAAUAAAUACGAGAAUGAAAAAAAGAAAAAG